AUGCAAUUUUAUAUUAAUAAAAGCCAACAGGAAAAAAAUUCAGUUGCCUAGUAAUCCUUCAAAAGAUUAACUAAUGAUCUUCUUGAUGAAAAGCUUUAAGAUUUAAAUGAUAAUACUUGUUAGAUUUAGAUGAAUUAGAAUGGUGACAAAUUGUAUUUAUAAAUAUCUCCAAAAAUCGGCUCGUUUAUUUAUAACAAUUACUAAGUAUUUUAAACUUUAGUAUUUUAGUUUUAACUAGAUUUCAGAAUUAAUUACCCCUAUAGUCCUCCUUUAAUUUAAGUAGAGUCGAAUAUCCCACAUCCUAAUAUUGAUUUAAAAAAUCAUUAACUUUAUGUAAAAUUUUUAGAUCCAAAUGUUUGGAAGCCAGUAUAUGGGUACGUUUAUAUAUCUAAAAAAGGCUAUAUGAUAUCAUCUAAGCUAUAAAAUAAACAAUUCUCUAUAUCGAUUACACUUAUAUUCCUAAUGACAUACAAUGUAUCAAAAGUGCAUAAAGAAUGGGUUAAUAGGAUCAUAGUACUGAUGAAGAAGAAUCAGAAGAUAAAGGUUUUGAAUUAAGUGAAAACUUUAAAAGAAAUUUUGAAUUACCUACUCUCUCUAGAAUUAGUGUAGAAAAUGAAUAAUCAGAUGACACAGAAGAAGAGAACUUAGAUGAUCCUUCAGAAAGAUCUAGUCAAGAGCCAGCAAUAAUUAAUUUAACUAAAAAUACUAGACAUUCUUUAGAUGAUAAUAAUACAUUACCUAAACCAAAAAAGUGA